GUCAUUCUCUCGCGCAGGCUUACGCAACGAGGCCAAGCAUGUUCCUCUGUCGCUCCGUGCUCGCCAAGUCCCUCCGCCUCCGCCACCGCCGCUACACGCAGCCGGCCUCCGCGCUCGCCGCCGCCGCCCUCGACGAGCCCCCCUCCUUCGCGUACCUCGAGGGGCUCCCCAGGCCCGACCCGAAGCACGACGAGACCAUCCUCGCGAUCCCGCGCGCCGCCGCGGGCACGAGCUCCUCCGCGAAGGAGCGGAAGCAGGGGCGCGUCCCGAGCAUCGUCUUCGAGCAGGAGGACGGCCAGCACGGGGGCAACAAGCGGCUCAUCUCCGUGAGGGCCAACCAGAUCAGGAAGCUCGUCAACCACCUCGGCUACUCCUUCUUCCUCUCCCGGCUCUUCGACCUGGAGGUCCGGGCGGAGUUCGAGUCCGACGAGGUCGUUGAGAAGGUCCGGGUCUUGCCGAGGAAGCUUCAUCUGCACUCAGGUACAGAAGCACCUCUAAAUGUAACCUUCAUCAGAGCCCCCUCACAUGCUCUAUUGAAGGUUGAAGUCCCUCUCAUAUACAGAGGAGACGAUGUAUGUCCCGGGCUAAGGAAAGGUGCUUCUUUAAAUACCAUUAAGAGGAAAGUUAAGUACCUGUGCCCCGCAGACAUAAUCCCUCCGUAUAUUGAUGUGGACUUGAGCGAGUUGGAUGUUGGCCAGAAGUUGGUGAUGGGAGAUCUCAAGGUUCACCCUGCUUUGAAGCUUCUUCAGUCGAAAGAUGAGCCUGUCUGUAAAAUCAUGGGAGCCAGAGUCUCUGACCAGAGGAGAAAAUAAGCUCUUCUUAAUUCGGAUUCUUCUCAGCUACAUAUGAUAGAGCAUGGUCCCCCUCAGUUUCAGCGAUGCACUGUUCAGCAUGCAUAGAUGGAUUUUUGGCCCAGCAACAUGAUUUUCUUCGUAGUACAAAGUUUUUGAUGGAGAUGGAAGAGUGCAAGGUAUCUAGAAGUAGAUUGGGGAAUGCUGUUCACUGACGUUAUUGGUGAAGUUGCAAAAUUUGGGAUUGUCUUAGCUGAAUUGGUUGGGAUGAUCAGUUGAAUUGGAGAAAUAAAACUGUCACAUUUUGUCUA